ACAGACCCAUCCCAUUUCCCCCCAUGUAAGGGCAGCGUCCGGUGUCGACACGAGCUGAACAUCCUAUUGGUUGAUCCCCAGCUUUGGGGAGGGCACCCUAGCAAUUUCCCGCUGUAGGCAAAUCAGCUUUCUCUCUCAUCACCAGCAUCACCGCUUGAGCCCUGUGUUCGGUGAACUGGGACGACAGGGAGGAUACGGCAGUGUGAGUUCCAGUGGUUUGUCGUGUGGAGACUUUAACUUCGGGAGGAUUUACCCACUGCACAGAGUUGUUCUCGGAUCGGUGAAGGUUUGGCUGCCAACAUGGAUGACCAUUCCAAAGACCCUGUAGAUGUUAACGCUUCUGAUCUUGACUCGUCGGCGGAGAAGGGCAAUGGCAAAAUAGAGAACUCGGAAAAGAGUCCAAACAAGAUGAGUGAUAAAUCCCCACAAAAACCGCAACCACAGCGACAGCGGUCUGCCAAAGGAUUAGCAUAUGAAGUUGUGCUUCUUGAUGGGGAACAUGCAACCUUUGAACUGGAUAAAAAUGCUGAAGGAAAAGAGCUUUUCGAAAAGGUCUGCCAGCACCUUGACCUUGUGGAGAAAGAUUACUUUGGUCUACAGUAUGUUGAUGAAAGAUUACCGCACCAUUUAAAGUGCUGGCUGAGUCCAGAUAAAAAGAUUUCCAAACAGAAAAAGAGGGGACCAUGGGUUUUCGACCUUGCAUUAAAAUUUUACCCACCAGAUCCAACACAGUUACGAGAGAGCUUAACACGCUGGCUGGUCACUUUGCAAGUGAGGCGUGACAUCUUGAGUGGAAAGUUACCAGCCACAUUUAUCACACAAGCAAUGCUGGGGUCUUACUGUGUGCAAGCUGAUCUUGGAGAUUACGAUCCAAAUGAACACCAUGGCAUUGACUAUGUCAAAGAUAUCCCCUUUUCUCCAAACCAGACUCCAGAACUCCUGGAGAAAAUUGUGGAACUCCACAGACAGCACAAAGGUCAGACCCCAGAUGAAGCAGAAAUCCAUUUUUUGGAGAAUGCAAAGAAGUUGUCUAUGUACGGUGUUGAUCUCCAUGCUGCAAAGGAUGUAAAUGAUGUUGACAUCAUGCUGGGAGUGUGUGCCAGCGGACUUCAGGUUUACAGAGAAAAGCUGCGAAUAAGCCGCUUUGUCUGGCCAAAAAUUCUCAAGAUCUCAUACAAAAGAAAGCAUUUCUACAUAAAGAUUCGUCCUUCAGAGAAUUCCCAGCUGGAAAACACAGUGUGUUUCAAGCUUGCUUCACAUCGACUGGCAAAGAGAUUAUGGAAAAUUUGUGUGGAGCAUCAUGCCUUUUUCAGACUGAGAGAAACUGAACAGCCACAAAACAGUGCCAUGUUCCCAAGAUUAGGCUCUAAGUUUCGUUAUUCUGGCCGCACUUUGUACCAGGCUCGACACAAUUCACAGAUUCUGGACAGGCCUGAUCCUUACUUUGAACGCAAUCAGACAGCCAGCAGAACCAUGCCAAUACAAAGCAACCGCUCUCGUAGUGUGGAUGAAAUCAAUAAUCGACCAGACCAGUGGCGUGAUGAUGACUAUGGUACAAAGAGACGGCCUUCAGAAGGACAAGAUGGACGGGAUGCUCGGGACAAGCGGGACAUAGGACAACCCACCCCUCUUGCUCAGGUGGGCCUUCCUCCAGGGAUGAAACCUUAUGAGAAUGAUGAAGAGAAGGCAUUGAAGAAGGGUGCUGACAAGUCCAAUGAUACUUUUGAUCGCAGGGAUCAAAUUCCUGGUGGAGACAUAACUGAAAAGGGUAAGCAGGGUCAGGAUGCAAUGGGACUGUCAGAAGCUGAGGCUUUGAAGAAGGCCAAGGAGGAUGAAAAAGAACGCAAGAGGCGUGAGAAGGAGGAGGAAAAGAGACGAAAGAAAGAAGAGGAUGAGAAGAAGAAAGCUGACAAGAAGAACAAGGGCAAGAAGGCUGAGGAGGACCGUCGGGAUCUCAAGGGUUCUGGUGAGCCCACAGAAACAUUGGCUGGUCGGACCCCAGGGAGCUAUGCAGAUCAAGAAGGGGACAACCUGCGCUAUGCAGAAAAAGCAGCUCCACUGGGAUCAGCAGCAGAUGGCAGCAAGGGUGACCAAGAUGGUAAAGAUAGACGACCUUGGGGUGAUGAUGAUGGCAUAGGUGGAAAGAGGGAAUCGCUGGGGACCAGCCCUGGCUGGUUUGAUUCUGAUCAGGACAAGGAUGAAUAUGGAGAUAAAGAUCUAAGAAAAGGUCGUGGGAACUGGGAUAAAGACCAAUUUGGUGAUAAAGAUGGAAAAGACAAGUAUGGCAAAGAUGGUGACAAAGAUGGAAAAGACAAGUAUGGCAAAGAUGGUGACAAAGAUGGAAAAGACAAGUAUGGCAAAGAUGGCGACAAGUAUGGCAAAGAUGAUGACAAGUAUGGCAAAGAUGGUGGCAUGUAUGGCAGAGAUGGCAAUAGGGAUGGAAAAGAUGGGGAUAAGGAUGGAAAAGGCAAAGAUGGCAAAGGCAAGGAUGGAAAAGAUAAAGAUGGCAAAGAUAAAGAUCAUGAUGGCAAAGACAAAAAGCCAGGUGUCUUCUCUGGCUUGUUGAAGAAGCCAAAAGAUGCCAAGUCCAGUGAGGAUGCCUAUGGACCUGGUCACAGAGGACAGGGACCUACAACCCAGGGAGCUGGAUAUGGUCCAGGCUAUUUUGUACCAGGCAUGGGCAUUGGUGCAGGUGAUUUGUCGGGUGUGGUUGGAAAGGAGUCUUGGAUUGAAAACAAGCAGAGAUUCUUGCCAGUCCCUGACCCUGUGAAGGCAAGCAAAGACAAGUUAAAGACAGGGGUGGACGUGGACCGCACCAUGCCUUUCUUCUCUCCCGCUGCCACCAGCACAGUGGGUCGUCCAACAAAGGUGCCACCACCUGUACCUCGCAAGUCCAAUACCUCUUUCGGUGGGGAUGACAGCCUCAGCAAGACAGAUAUGCCACCCACAGUUGCCACUGAAAGCGUGCAAUACAACCCGGACCUUGAGGAAGUGCCUGUCCCUACUAGGAAUGUCCCCAUAGUCAAAACGGAGACACGCACUGUAACAUAUGAACGGGAGGGCUUCCCCCUGCUGGACAGCGAGGAUGGGGUCCUAGUUAGCUCUCGUUCACACAGCACCAAGAUGCAAACCAUUGAGACCACCACAUACAAGAUGGACAGGGAUGGCAUUCAGGAGACACGAGUUGAGCACAGAGUUGUUCUGUCAUCAGCUGAUGAUGACUUUGACUAUGAUGCUGCUUUGGUUGAUGCCAUCCGAUCUGUGACAGAGUUCAACCCUGACAUGUCAGUUGAACGAAUUGAGUGUGUGCAACAGAUUGAGGAGGUCAGAGGGAAAUUUUAAGGCAGGCUUUGCACUCGUGAGCCUCCCCAGAAUGAAAGGUGUUUUUAAUAACAUGGUUUUAUACCAUCAUCCUUCCAAUUCAUCUGCACAUCAUGUUUUGUUUUUUUUUUUAUUUCACUUAUCAUCAGCUGCAGUGUUGCAUAGUUUGUUUCAUUUUUUUAAAGAAAAAUUUUGUGUAUGUAGAUGAGAGGUUGUUUUGUUGUUUACAGUUGACUGAUGUUGUCCAUAACUGUUGUAUUUGGGCAGCAAGUGCAGCAGUGGUGCCACUAUUCUGUUUUCCCUCUGGUAAACCAGUUUAUGGCAGAUCGUGACAUGUUUUCCCUCUCUGGUAAACCAGUUUAUGGCAGAUAUUGACAUGUACUGCAACAGUGGUAAACAUCUGUAGGAGUGAAAUAGUAAAAAAAAAGUGUCCAUUUCAAGAGAGCUGAGAUUAGACUGGAUUCAUUCACAAGCACAUCAUGGAGACUGGAUCAUUCAAGAGUCUGUGUUCCGAGAGAGCGCUUUUAUUGUCCUUUUCAGCAGUAGGUAUUGGAGUCCUACAUGUACAUACACCUGUUCCGCUUGACUGCCAUGGCAUUCUGUGCCCUUGUGACAUUUCCAGGAGAGAUUUGUAUUGGGACCAUUUGAUUGGCAACUGUUAAAUCAAGAUUGUUAUGAGGGCUUUAUGACUUGAACCUUUUGUAUUCAAUGUCUUCUCCCUUUUCUAAACAGUAAUUCAUCAACCAAUUUUGUAAUAUUUUUACUUUGAGAAAUCAUGUUGUUCUGUAAUAACAAACCUGCUUAUGAAUUUAUCUACAUGGGAAGUGUGUGAUUAGAAUAUAAACUUUUUACAGGGGGUUCAUCAAAUAUAACAUGUAGGAAGACAUGAGCUUUUUUGUGAAUUGGAAAGUGACAAGGCCUUUAAUCUAUACACUUUCAGAAGAAUUGGACUUUCCAGACAAAACUGUUACAAACAAAUACUUUUAAUGUGUUAUUGAAAUAAACAUUAGCAACUGUGGGGGUUUUAAAUGUUGCUCUUAGAUCUCAGUAUGGAAUAAAGUUGCAUGACUCCAUAUUUGCACUUGUAUGCAUGUGUGUCUGUGUGCAUGCAUGCUGAUGUGAGUGUAUUGUCAUUUUUCUUCCAGAUAAGGUUCCCAUCUUCAGACCAGCAGUUAUUUUGUGGGGUAAAAUCCCAAGAAUUCAGCAAAGCUUAUUAUUGCUGAGAGCAAAGAGAUGAUGGUAGCUGUAUACAAAUUAACCCAUGACACCAGGUUACAACACCAUCACACAGACCCAAGGAUGCAAUUUUUCCCAAAAAAUUCUGCAUUCAACUUAUUAAAGCAGGUUGUGUUCAGGUUUAGUGGUGGUUUUGCUAGUGGGUGGGGUGGGGAGAAUGGUGUAUCAUGCCAACAUUCAUACAUUUUUCGGCUUUCUUCAUUUGCAUUUCUUUUCCCUUUGGUCUUUCAUAACAUUGUCUCUCCUGUGCCCAAGGCUUGUAGUUGACUCGCUUGCUUGACUUCUUUCCAUCAGCAGACAGCUUGUGUACCACGAUCAAUCUCCACUGUGUCAGUGCAAGAGUGCAGUGUUCAUAAGUUUGAACUAUUGAUGGAUGAAACUUUUUUAAAUGAAUAUGAACCUGCAAUAGUUUUUGUUUUUAACUUUUAUCUGUAUGAACUGAUUGAUUAAUGAAAGCUUUUACAACUUGCACUUCAGUGUAAUUGUCUUGCUUUGACUAGCAUAGCAUUGUACGCAUUGGGUGUACAUUUUUACAUUGUAUUAUUUAUCCUAUCUUUGUGUAUCUUGACCACGUCAUCACUGCUAAAUAAUAGAAUAUUUUGUAAUCUAUGAAAUAAGUCGGCUUCCAUGGCGGUAUUUAUCAUCACUUUUGUUACAACCACAGUUCUCUUGCAGUAGCUUGCCUCAAAGUUAAAGAUAUCUCCCACUAUGCCUAGAAUUUUUUUUUAAUUGUAUAUGUAUGAGGAUUCUGCAAAAUGUCUUAUGCAGUGAAAACCUUUAGCCUGUCAUGAUAUUCUGUCAGUGAAAUGAUAACUGUUUUGGACACCAAUAUUAAAAAUAAUGUUGAGGAAAUCAGAUGAAAUUGGGGGCAUGCCCUCGUACCUUCCACAGUGUGACAAAAUAUUGAUAUAACCUUGAUGACCAGAAAAUACCAGGAGAGCAAACAUGAUUUUAGAUGGGGGAGAGCAUCUUAUCAACUUCCCAUGCUGAGAAAUCAUCAGAUACUUAGAAGAAUCAGCCAUUGUGGCUUCAGAAGAUAUCAAAAGGAAAAAAAAUUGUUUAGGCUGUCAUGGUUAUGUGGCCGAAAAUUUACCUUGAGGUUAAUUUUUGCUUGUCUUACAGAUUUGUACCAUCAUAAUGCUCCCAAAAUUCAUGUCCCCAUGUUAAUUGUAUCUCCUUAUGCUAUAUUUCAUAUCUCAUCUUAAUGUCCACUUCAUUGUUCAUGGCAUUCUUCAAGCGCAUGUUUUUAAUGAAACUUAACAUUGACCGAAUGGCAGCAGUAGCUGUUCCCAGCAUCAUGUCUAGCACCUACAUUUUAACUGCCUAGGUGCAUUUUUUUUUUUCUUUUUUUUUUUUGCCUAUAGCCAGCAUGCAGGUUGAGAACAAGUUGCUGUGGCGUGUGCAGUGCCCUGAAGAAUCAUUAUCAGCUCCCACCUCGUAAUUAGGUAGCAUUAGGAAUUUAGGAUCAAAACUUGGAAGCUGUUACCUUCAGCCAGCAAAGAAUGAUGCCAGAUACGUUUUACGUUGUACAACUUGCAUGGGCACAGCCAGAAAAGAUGUAAAAGUAUUUCAGGAAUGUUUCAUGGAUUCUAUUCACUGUGAAACCUAAAGAAGAACAGAAGUUUUGUUUGUAAUGGUGUGGCCUUGAAAUUCGCUUUUGGACAGGAAGUUUUAUUUUGAGGGGAGGGGGUAGGGAAUUACAGAUUAUUGCACUUGCCGUUCUUCUGGGUUUUUUUUUUUUUUUCUUUUACAUAUAUCUGCUUGAAUCCAUGACAGUUUUAGUUUGCAGAUUGCAUUAUACUCUUGAAGGAAUGGGUCAAAAUUGUAUCAUAACUAUUGAAAGAACUGGACAAAUGGUAACAUACUGGUUGGUGCCCUAUGAUUCAAAAGGUAAUACAUACCAGUAGUGCCUUGCAGGCAGAAUCGGUUUAUGAAAUCCCAUUAAUUAGCACUUAAUGUCGUAAAACACAGUGAAAAUACUGGUGCUGUUAACUGUAGACUGAUAUACUUGACCCAUGGAAUUAAUACAAAAGGUAAAAAUACUUGAUGUGUUUAGAGUACUCAAAAAUAUUUGAAGACUUGUUCGAGGAACACUUUCAUAUGUGGUUAAAAAAAAUUGAUGCACCACUUUAAUAAAUUAAACCUUCCCUUUUUUAAUUCAGUGCUAACCUAGGCCAGUAUCCUUUCUAUAGGAUGAUAAGUGCUGUUAACUAAAAUCUAUCACGAGUUUGGCAAAAUCCAAAGAUUUACAGUUCUAAUUAAGCAGGAAAAUAUGCACAUGCAUUCAUUGUCCUUUCAGAAUGCCAUUGUAUUUGUAAGGUGUAUGUGUUAAUAACUCUGAGGAAUUGUUUGGCAUAAUUUGUUUUCCUCCACUUUGAAAAUUAGGGAUGAGGCGUGUAAAGUAUUUACUGAACUGCUAGUACUACUGAAAGAAGCCUACUUUCAUAAUGCGAUGAACACUGUUCAUCCUUGGCCAUUUCAUGUUGUGUGCUCCCCAUGUUUUGUGUGAAAGGCUUUAUAUCUCCUGUUCUGAGGUUUUGAACAUCCAUAGUUUGUUUGCUCAUUUUCACCAUUGCCUUGCAGAGCUCUUUGCCACAUACAAGCUGUAUAUUUUCCUAGAAUUGGUGGUGACCAGUAGCUGCCUGCAGUCUGUUCUGUAAGAAUAAAUUUUGAGUAAUACAUUUUAAA